AUGAUAGGCGGACAACACACAAAGGAGCGUCUAAGUGAACGCCUACAAGACUGUCAAAACCAACCAAAGAACCGUGGAUACCUGCCGGGCACGAAGCUCUUGACAGGUGGAUACAGCACCAGAACUCUUCAGGGCAACUGGACUGAGGAGCGCGCGGACGCUGGCUACUACGAUGGUGAAGCGGCUCUUCCCACGCAUCUGUCAAGUGUGUGGACGACUGACUAUCGCACCAUGACAAGUAACAUGAAUGAUUCUCUCUCUCAUCCAGUGUUUGAUCAGGCCACGCUGAUGGACAUUGUGGAUCACAGGCACCGCGCGUACCCGGCACAUCAACCGCACCUGGAUCAACAGCUUGAGACGAUAAAACAAGAGCGUUUCAAGACGGUCACGGGGGAGACGUACACGAAUCCAGAGGAAAGAAAACGACAGGCAGAACUGUGCGUUCCACAUAUUAUUGGCCGUACUCCCACGGCGCAGGCGAAGGCGGUGAUCCUGCGCUUUCAACGCCAGUUGUUGCUUUCGAGACAUGGGGAGUCAGCGUUUCCUGGAAACAUUUUACGUCAAGUACGACUAUCACUUGAGCGCAGCGAUACAGCCGGGGAGGGAAUGCUUACAGUGGAAGAGGCACAAGAGGCAUUUACCGAGGCGUCUUUGAUCACGAAUAGGCCGGAAUGUGUGGCGCUUGUUCGUGCCUUUGAUUUGAAAGGGGACGGGACAGUUUCAAUUGCCAAGAUAAUGCAAGAACUACGCGGUGAGCUGCGUGAUCGUCGCUACGGUAUUGUGGAGAAGGUUUAUGAGAUGUUGAAAGGUUUUUGUCCGGAUGGCAUUUUGCGGCUUCAGCGUCUUGUGGACCUUAUUGAUAUUGAUAGCAUGAAUGCCGUGAUAAGUGGCGAAGUGACAUCAUCAGCUGCGCACAGCGCCUUUGUAGAGCAAUGGGACUUGCCGAAUGAGAUGUACAUCUCCUUUGAAAUGUUCCUUUUGUAUUUUAUGGAUGCGUCAUUUGAGAUUAAAAGUGAUCAGGAGUUUGAAGUCUUUAUGCGUAAUGUGUGGCACCUAAGCGGGGGAAAUGGGAAGUCUAUGAAUACCUCUUGCCGGCGUGUGCGUGUGGUGCACAGGAACGGCCGUAUUACCACAGAGGUGGUGAAAAAUGAUUUGUACAUCAAGGACAGCGAUCCAAACAUGAUGGAGCGCAUCAUCGCCAACUUGGCGUCGUGGGGUAUCAAAGAUGUUGCACAGGCCGAAGUAUUGCCGAGGAAACUGUAA